UCUCUCAACAACUUCCUUUGUCUCUCAAAAAAAUUAAAAUUCUUUUUUUUUCUCAAGAAUCUAUUAUACGCGGUCUACCAAAAUCGGAACAACAAUGAUGAUUGAUGAACAUAUGUUGAUCAAAGUAGGACUCUUUAUUUUAGUCCAAGGUUUGGUUUAUUUGAUUCUAUCAAAAUCUUCAAACGUAUUCUCAAAGACACAAAGAUCAUACAGCUUUAAAACAGUUCGUUCUUUAAGCAUUCGCCGGAUUACUGCUGCACUCGCCGACUUACCUGUCGGCGGUGAGCCAUCUCCCUCUUCCUUCAAAGAUCAGUUGACAUCUUCAAAGUCUUUCAAGUUAUUCAAAGAUCACAAUUAGUAAAGAUUUCUUUGUUUUUUUUUUUUUGCUUACGUGAGCUGUUUUUGUAUUCUUUGAUUUGUUCAUGGAUAGUUAAAUCAAAUUAGUUGGUGUGAAUUUGGGAUAUAUAAUAUUCUCUCAUUUUAAAUCUUGUAAAUUAUAAGUUGGUUGGUCAUUGUAAAGAUUUGAACUGUGUUCACAAUUAAAUUUAAUCUCCGA